CCGGUCCGGGCUGGCAGGCCGCGGCCGCAGGGGCCCCGGGACCGUCCGGCCCGAGGGGGCGGACUUGCGUGCUGCUCCGCGUCCCCCCGCCCGGCCGUCUCUUCCCCCACCAUGGUGCUGAAGGUCUUCUUCCCCUCCUGCUGCUCGGGGGCGGACAGCGGCCUGCUGAUCGGCCGCUGGAUCCCGGAGCAGAGCUCGGCCGUGGUCCUGGCCGUCCUCCACUUCCCCUUCAUCCCUUGCCAGGUGAAGCAGUACCUGACGGCGAUGCAGCGGGCCGACCGGCCGCCGCUGGCCGUGCUGGGCACCUGGUGCCACGCCCGGCGGGACGAGGACGAGGGCCUGGCCCGCUUCCUGGAAGACCUGAGCGCCAUUUUCUCGCACGACCCCUGGCUCCAGCUGGGCAGGGAGCGCGGCGGGAAGUCCUGGAGCUGCCGCCCGCUGCGGGCCGGGCCCCCCGAGGCCGACCCGGCCGUCCUGGUCUACUACGACCAGCGCCAGACCGUGCUGUCGCGGCUGCACCCCGCCCCGCGGCCGGACGCCGCCCGGCUGGCGGCCGUCUUCGACACAGUGGCCGGGAGCGAGGCGCUGUUCCGGACCGACCGCUAUGCCGAGGGGCCCGUCCGGCUGAGCCACUGGCAGUCGGACGGCGUGGAGGCCAGCAUCCUCGUGGAGCUGGCCAAGCGGGCGGCCGUGCCCGUCUGCGCCCUCGUCACCUUUCUGCUCGCGCUCGUCGCCGGCCUCUGCCAGUGCCGGGUUUUCCGAUUUUGGCCUCUGUCUUUCGUCUGGAGCAAGCUGUCCACCUGCGAACAGUUGGGGUACCGCCUGGAGCACCUCAAGUUGGUCUUCAGCAACCAAAAGGCGGAGAAUCAGACGCAGCUGAUGAGAAAAGCCAACAUCUUGGUUUCACUCCUGGUGGACGUGACUCUGGGAGUCUUGCUGGUGUCCUGGCUGUAUAAGAAGAACCGGAUCGGACAGCUGGCCAAUGCCCUCACUCCCGCGGCUGACCACGUGGCCAAGGAGCUCCAGGACCUGCUGCAGUGGCUGAUGGGUGUCCCCGCCGGCUUAAAGAUGAACCGAGCUUUGGAUCAGGUGCUGGGCCGCUUCUUUCUUUACCACAUUCACCUCUGGAUUAGUUACAUCCACCUGAUGUCCCCCUUCAUCGAGAUGAUCCUGUGGUACGUUGGUCUGUCGGCCUGCCUGGGCCUGACGGUGGCCUUGGCCAUCCUCUCGGACAUCAUAGCCCUUCUGACUUUCCACAUCUACUGCUUCUACGUCUACGGAGCCAGGCUAUACUGUCUGAAGAUCUAUGGCCUCUCCUCCCUGUGGCGCCUCUUUCGAGGGAAGAAGUGGAAUGUCUUGAGGCAGCGUGUGGACUCCUGCUCCUACGACCUGGACCAGCUCUUUAUUGGGACUUUGCUGUUCACCAUGCUGCUCUUCCUCCUGCCCACGACAGCCCUCUACUACUUGGUGUUCACCUUGCUCCGACUGCUGGUGGUAGUGGUGCAGGGCCUGAUACACCUGCUCGUGGACCUGAUCAACUCCGUGCCCCUUUACGCCCUCGGACUGCGGCUCUGCCGGUCCUACAGACUCGCAGCUGGCGUGAAGUUCCGGGUCCUGGAGCAGGAAGCCGGCAAGCCCCUCCGCCUGCUGAUGCAGAUCAACCCCCUGUCUUACGGCAGCGUGGUGCAGACCUACCGGCUCCCCACCUACAGCGGCUGCCCCAAGGACUCCUGGGGCUCCCUGUGCAAGAAACUGUUCGUCGGUGAGCUCAUCUACCCCUGGAAGCAGAAAGGGGACAAGCAGGACUGACACAUCCACCGUCAAAGACCCUCAGCCUGCGGACUUGGCCAGGGAACCCUCUACCCUCAGCCUGCGGACUUGGUCAGGGGACCCUCCUCCUCCCCCCAACCCCUUCUCCUCCUCCUCCUCCUCCUCCUCCUCCACAUCCUCCUUCCCAUCCUGUUCCAUCUCCCCUCUUCUCCCACCGUGGGGACCCUGGGCCACGAACCUGGGGUUCAGCACUGAUGCGGCUGUGGUAAAACACCCCUCCCCCCACCACCACCCAGUGUUAUUGGGCCUCCUGGUCCCCCCGGGGUCGGUAGCCACUGUCACCCAGAUGUUAACACCAUGAGUGCCUCAAGGGACUGGCCCAUGGCCUCCCCCACCCCGCUCGUGGCCGUACCCCCUCUGGGCCGGGUCCCGCUCGGGGCCCAGUGCCAGGCUGGCACCGCCACAGCCAGCUCCGUCCACCUCAAGCGAGGUGUGGGCCAUGGUUAACUGGAAGCGGGGGGUUAGGGUUCGAGGGCCGGUCCGGUCCACCCCCUCCCACUGAUCUGGCAGCUUCUGGGCUCCUCCUUUUGGGGUUCACACGUCCGCCCGCUCCCCGGGCCCUUUUGGGAAUUCUGGGAAAGGCUCAGGGUGCAGCGGCAGGUCCCCACCAGCAGCGGGCAGGGCCUUCUCCCAGGCCAGCAGGGCUUUCCCGUCGCCCAGCCCGGCACUCUGGCGUCCUCACUCCCACUCUGGUCGGGGUCAAGCGCCCGCCCACCCACCCAGAAUCCUGUGCCUCCCCCUACAACUACAAGCUCCCGAGCCCCAACCUUCAAAUGCCCCCAUUCCCUUCAGGGUUUUCUGCCAAAGCCGAGGGGGCCUCCAGGGGGUGGCCCGCACUUCUGCUCGCGGCGGACACGUGGGUAAGCCGGUGGAACCCGCGACCCCUCCCCCACAGUGUCACCCCGGCUCCCCCAAACAAGCCAGCUGGGGGGAAGAGGAAAGUAGGGGGGCCGGCCUCCCGACCGACUCCAGAGCAGUGAAGUUCUGGGGGAAUUCCAAGAGCAGCCUCCUCUUCCUCCUCCUUCCCCUGGCCCAUUCCGCACCCAUCUCCCAUCCCCCCACCCCAAGCAGAGGGUGGAAUUCCCUCCCUCCCAGUGGAAAGCCGAGGCCCGGGACCAGUUCAGCCUGUUCCCAGGCUUGGGCCCUCCCCCUGCUGCCUCUUUGCUGACUGGCAAUUCUAUACACACACACACACACACACACACACAC